CCUCUACUCUGGCCGAUGAAUGCGGACCCGCCGCCGCCGCCCUGGGUCUGGAUGGUCCCCGGCCCGGCCGGGCUGCUCCGGCUGGGCGCCGGGGUCGCGCCCCCGCCCGUGCUGCUGGCCGCGGCCCAGCCCCCCGCCGCUCCGCUGCUCCCGGGGCUGCCCGGCUGGCAAGCCCCAGGCGAGACCCUGCUGCCUCUGCUGCCGCUGCCCUCUGCGCCAGACCACGCCGCCGCCGCGCACCACCCCCUGCUCAGCGGGCAGUGGCUCUUCGGUGGCCAUUCUCCAUCAGUAGGACUGUCCCCCUCUUCCACUGUGGAGUUGGUGCCUGUUUUCCCACAUGUCUGCACACCUGCUCUUCCUCACCCUGUUGGGAAAAGCUGGACAGACAAACGGAUACCUAACUAUAAGAUCUUUUUAAAUAAUUCCUUUGCUCUGGACUCAAUGUGGAUAUAUCCCGAGGAAUCAAGAUUGUUCCAUGGGUACGAAAAGCCUCAUUUAGUGGCAAAUCAAGUGGCCAUGUCUCUGUCCAGGCCAGCUCCUGCCUCCAGGCCACUCCCCACGGCGGUGUUAGCGCCUCAGACCAUACCAGGUGGCCGCCACAGCAGCCUCAAGCCCGUCGGCAGCAGCCCCACCAUCACCAUCGCUGCCACCGCGGCCAUGGUCUCCAUGGAGCCCGAGGGACGGGGAGGCCCGUCACCCUCCAGCGUGCAGCCCUGCCAUUUCCUGACACUGGCACCCUUCAAAAUACCCCUGCGGACUGCCCCCUUCUCUGAAAGAAGCAGGGAGCGAGGCCCAGCGCCCUGCGCCCCGACCCUGAUGCUGCAUGCGGAGAGGAAGCGCCCGGCCAGGGACCACGGAGACAAGGAGCCUCCAUCGAUCCUGGUGACAGCAGAGGACAGCGCAGCAAAAGGCAACAGACCGGUGGCCUCCACCCCCGUGCCCGGGUCCCCCUGGUGUGUGGUCUGGACAGGUGACGACCGGGUUUUCUUCUUCAACCCGACCAUGCAGCUGUCCGUGUGGGAGAAGCCCGUGGACCUGAGACACCGUGGCGACCUGAACAGGAUCAUCGAAGACCCGCCCCACAAGCGCAAGCUGGAGGCCUCCGCAGACGACCACAGCGACGGGUCGAGUUCUGAGGACACCGGGGAAGAGCCAAGCGGGAAAAGCAAGAGGAACCGGACCGAAAGCCACGUGAAUCCCGAGCCCGAGGCGGCGGACCGAGAGCACAAAGACACCAGGACGCCACCGCCCCAGAUCCUGCUGCCCCUGGAGGAGAGGGCGACCCACUUCCGAGACAUGCUCCUGGAGAGAGGGGUGUCAGCGUUUUCUACCUGGGAGAAGGAAUUACAUAAAAUCGUGUUUGAUCCACGCUAUCUCCUGCUGAACUCCGAGGAACGGAAACAGAUAUUUGAACAGUUUGUCAAGACAAGGGUAAAAGAAGAAUACAAGGAAAAGAGAAGUAAAUUGCUGCUAGCCAAAGAAGAAUUCAAAAAACUUCUGGAGGAAUCGAAAGUGUCACCCAGGACCACGUUUAAGGACUUUGCUGAGAAGUAUGGCCGGGAUGAGAGAUUUCGACUUGUUCCUAAAAGGAAGGACCAAGAGCACUUUUUCAACCAAUUCAUCCUCAUUCUUAAGAAACGGGACAAGGAAAACAGACUGAGGCUACGGAAAAUGAGAUGAGUGUGUAAAUGCAGUAAGACUGAGAGUGGCAGAGCGAGGGUGGAGGCAGGGGUGGCAUC